AUGCGGCCUGGUCAUUGCCAAGCAAAGAGCAGAGUAAUUGGUUCUCAUGUAAAACCCUAUUACGAGGAUGUGAAGUGUAUUCAUAAGCCUAAGAACAUUAUCAACGAUGUUCGCAAGGAAUUUGGGGUGAACAUAAGUUAUUCAAAGGCAUGGCGAUCGCGGGAAAAGGCUUUGGACAUGAUCCGGGGGGGUGCGGAGGAAUCAUUCCAGUUGCUGCCAUCUUAUCUGGACAUGUUGAAGUUGAAAAACCCUGGGACAAUUGCUGAAAUCGAGAGUGAUAGUGAGAGCAGAUUCAAGUACCUAUUUAUGGCAAUUGGUGCAUGUCUUGCCAGAUUUCGUAGCCAAAUGCGGCCCGUAAUUGCAGUUGAUGCUUGCUUUCUCAAGGGUAAAUAUCUUGGUAGUUUGUUUGUUGCCACAUGCAAAGACGGUAACAACAAUGUAUAUCUUAUAGCAUGGGGAGUAGGAGAUUCCGAGAAUAAUGCCUCAUGGGAAUGGUUCUUCACUAAAUUGCGAUCAGCAAUUGGCCAUGAGAUACCUGAUUUGGUAUUUGUGUCUGACAGGCAUAAAAGCAUCAGUAAGGCAAUACUGACGAUUUUCCCUAAUGCACUACACGUACAUUGUAUAUAUCACAUUGGCCAGAACGUUAAGGCUAAAUUCAAGCAUGAAAAUGUGAAUGCUUUGUUCUACAAGGCAGCGAAGGCUUAUCGAGAAUCAGAAUUUCAUGAAUUGUUUAAUGAGCUCGAGCGAUAUGAUCCAGCCAUCGACACCUAUCUUAGAGAGGCUAGCUUCAGUCGUUGGGCACGUGCCUAUUUGGAUGGGAAACGAUUUGAUAUAAUGACGACAAACAUUGCAGAAUGCCUCAAUGCAGCUUUGGCGGAUACACGUAAAUUGCCUAUUCAAUGUUUGAUGGAGUAUAUUAGGAAUAUGAUGCAACAAUGGUUUUAUGAGAGAUGGGGUCAUGCUAGUAAGAUGGGUGGACAUCUCACCUCUUGGGCUGAAGGACAAAUAGCCAAAAGAUUUGCAUUAUCCCAAUAUUGGCUGUCAGAACCGAUUGAUAUGUAUAGAUUCAAUGUCAAAGAUGGUAACUCUAGUGGCAUAGUAGACUUGAAGGCGAAAACUUGCACAUGUCGGGUGUUUGAUUUCGACAAAUUGCCAUGUGGACAUGCCCUGGCGGCUGCACAUUCACGUAAUAUUGACCCAUACACUUUGUCGUCCGCAUACUACCAAACAGAGGCUCUGUUGUGUGCCUAUGCCGAUCCGAUUAUGCCGGUGGGCAGUCAGGCCGAUUGGAUCGUACCGAACGAAAGUGCAUCUGUUAAUUUACUACCUCCGGCAACUAGACGCCCAUGUGGAAGACGCAAGACAUGCCGAAUUCCUUCAGCCGGUGAAGAGAAGAUGAGGGUAAAAUGUGGUCGUUGUGGUCAAAUUGGCCACAAUCGCCAAACUUGCUCAAAUCCAAUAAGUCUGGAUAAAAAAAAUGAAGGCAGUAGUAAAGGUGCAAGACUGGAUCAUGUUUGA